AUGAUGUAUCUUAAAUCUAGCUAUACAUCAUACCAAGGUGAGACUAACCUUUUAGUUUUCUAUGUUGUUUUGGUAGAUCUUGAAUUGGAGCAUGAGGGAGCAACUCCAGGAUCCACCUCACAGCCAGUUAGGCGAAACAUUUCUUUAAAACUGAAAGCAAAGAGCAAGUCAGCAAGCUCAUUGUCAUCUGGGAAAAGCAAGAAAAAGGAAGGAAAAAGUGGAGAAAAGUCUAGGGCAGGAUCUGAAAGUAAAGAAGCCAAUUUUCUCUCAACGCUGUACAAUGUAUGUCCGAUUUUAAGCCUUGCCGUCAUGUUGUUUCCUUAGACAAGAAAUGUUACUCCACUUUGUCUCUUCACCCAGGUGUAUAAAUGGGUACCUGAGGCAUGCUGUGUGAAGGUUGUUGAGAAAGACACACUUGACAUGCUGUAUUCCAAUAAUUUAUUACCAAUUAUUACUAAACCAACACGUCUGACCUAUCAUUCAGCUACAUUAAUUGAUCAUAUCUAUACCAACAGUACAUCCAAAAUUGUCUCUGGGAUUGUAAUGGUGGAUAUCUCUGAUCACCUUCCAGUUGUCUGUGUUACAAAUAUACCAGUUAAGAAACACAACCCUGUUAAGUAUUAUCGAGAUUACAGAAAUUUUGAUCAAGAAUCUUACUUACAGGAUAUCGAUGCAAUCAACUGGAAUGCUAUCUAUAAUAAUGAUCUGCAUGAGACAGCUACUAAAAUAACUGACCUGAUAAAAUCAAUUGCAGAUAAACAUGCACCAAUUAGGCAAUUGUCCCAAAAGAAACAGAAAUUAUGUGCUAAGCCGUGGAUAACUAAUGGUAUUCUUAAAUCAAUCAAAACUAAGCAUAAAUUAUACAAAACACACUUUCUUACUAACAAUCCAAUUAAGGUGACAGAAUAUAAAAAGUCUGCUAACAAACUGAAUUGGCUUAAGAACAUUUGCAAAAAGAACUACUUUUCACAACACUUUGACCUAUGUAAAAACAACCUGAAGGCAUCUUGGAAAUUGAUUGGUAUGCUAGUUAAGCGCAACUCAAAGGGACAAACCCCCAUCUCAAAAAUUAAACGUAAUAAUAGAGCUUACACUAAUAAGGCUGAGAUUGCCGAUCAAUUUAAUAAGCAUUUUGUCAAUGUGGGUCAAAACCUGGCCAAAAGAAUUGAAAAUUGUGAUGGAAGUCCGAUCCAAUUCAUAAGAUCGACUCCAGUAGAUAGCUUCGUUAUGUCCUGUGUUACUGAAACCCAAGUAUGUUCACUACUUAAAGGUUUAAAUGAUCAUAAGUCAUCCUUAGAUAUUCCUAAUAAAUUAAUUAAAAUAGCUGCCCAGCCAUUGUCAAUACCUUUAACAUAUAUCUAUAACCAGUCUAUUGAAACUGGAAUUGUUCCUGAUAUUUUAAAAGUCUCACAAGUUUCCCCAGUGUAUAAGGGUGGUGAUGCUACAGACCCUAGCAACUAUCGGCCCAUAGCAACUCUCUCACCUUUUAGUAAAGUGCUCGAGCGUCUAGUUAUAUUCAUUCAUAGAUAAACAUCAAAUCUUGUACAAAUAUCAGUUUGGAUUUAGGAAAGGAUAUUCCACUGAACAAGCUAUUCUUGAAAUUACUGACAAUCUGAAGCUAGCUACUGACAAAGGUCAAAUAACAUGUGGUUUAUUUCUCGACCUAUCAAAGGCAUUUGACACAGUAAAUCAUGAAAUACUGCUCUCUAAACUAUAUCUGUAUGGAAUUCGGGGUACACCACAUAAUUGGUUUGGAAGUUAUUUGCACAAUCGAAGACAAUAUGUUAAAAUUGACUCUACUAAAUCUAGCUAUGAAAAUAUUACCUGCGGUAUACCCCAAGGCUCGACUCUAGGUCCUCUUUUAUUUUUGCUCUAUGUGAACGACUUACCAAACUGUGUCGACAAACUUUUGGUGCGGAGCUUUGCUGAUGACACCAAUUUAUUUUACUCUAGGGACAACUUAAAACAGCUUGAAUCCGUAAUGAAUCAAGAGCCUAAACAAAUUUAUAACUACUGUGCUUUAAAUAAGUUAUCUAUUAACACUGCAAAGACCAAUUACAUGUUUGUCUCAUCAUCUAGGUGCCACCCAAAGAUAAAUAUCACUGGUAUUGAACAGAAAGAUUACAUAAAGUACUUGCGAGUUUAUAUAGAUAAACAUCUCAAUUGGCAACCACGGAUACAACAUGUAAAUAAUAAAUUAGCUAAAAAUUUAGGAAUCCUUUCAAAACUAUGAUAUUACAUAGAUCUGAAUAUACUGAAACAAAUUUAUUAUGCUUUAAUAUAUCCCUAUUUGAGUUACGGUAUUCUUGCUAGGGGCUGUGCCAGCAAAACCAGAUUAGAUUGUCUUCGUAUUAAACAUAAUAAAUGUCUCCACACCAUCUUCUUUGUACAUCCUAGAGAGAGUGCUGCUCCCUAUUUCAAACUCCUAACAAUCCUUAAAUUAGAUAAUAUAUAUAAAUUAAAAAUAUGUUGCUUUAUACAUAGAAUGAGGAACGAGACCGAUAGCAUUCCAGAUAUUUUCCUUGAUGUCCUGACUCCAGCAUCGCGUAUACACAAUCAUAAUACAAGAUUUGUCAGUAAUCUGAACUAUUUUAGGCCAAGAGUAUCCACCAACUUAGGUAAGACGUCCUUUAAAUUCUCCGCUCCAAAAAUCUGGGAGACUGUACCGCCUGGUCUCAAGUGUCUGCCAUAUCAUAAGUUUAAAAAAGAAUGGAAGUCCUGUCUUCUAACCAACCAAAUCUGACCUGAGUAUAUGUUCUAUCACUGAUAUUAUUUGAGAUUUUAUUCCACUCUUUACUGCUGCCAAUUAUUUCAAUAUGACGGUGUCCAACAAGAAAGCUCUUGCUACUUUGGACACAGUACACAAAUGAACUUUAUAUCUUUUAGUUAAUUUUUAUUUGUAGCUACUUUAUUUUCCUACUAUGUACACUUAUGUAAAUAUCUUGUAUAGUGUGAAUAAAGAAUUGAAUUGAAUUGAAUUGAAUUGAAUUGCUGUCAAUAACAACCUGAGGCAGUGGAUUUCCCUUGGCUAUAUUAUGAGCAUGACCCCCAUUGUCUUUCAUAGGAAACAAAUGGAAUAUAGAGCCUAUACAGUGCUUGAAGAAAAUCUUGAAUUCCAGCUUGUCCUUAGGGCAAUCAGCUCUCAUAUUUUUCUUGCUUAGGGCGACCUCUUGCUUGUCUUAGUUAGUGAUUUUUUUGGAGGAUGAGUUGUCUUGACCCUUAUUGGGCGAGUGAGCCUUAAAAGUUACUGUACUUGGCCGCCAAGAAAAUCCACUUGUCCGGGACUACCGGAUGGGACUUUUUUGAGCCCUGGAAUAGACUGAUGAGUCUUCAUAGCCAAUAACAUCAUGGCUUAACUGACAGACAACUGAUAGCAUCGCCACGUUAUUGACCAAUCAGGUCAAUAACCGGAGUAUAAUACCAUCAACUGAUGUGUUACAACUCACUUUGACUCUGAAGAUGACUACCACUAAGGUUGUAGAAACGUCAGUCACUGUCAACAACAACAGUUCUAUUCAAGACUACGUUCACCCCUAUGAUCAAACUCAACCUACUUUUCAACCCUACUGGGUUCAAACCUUUUCACAGAAAUUUGUUGCUGUUCAUUUUCCCGCCUACUAAUUGUACAUAUAAACUUGUAUACCCAGCACUUUGAAAUUUGAGUAACAAUGCUGCUUGAGGAAAUAAGCAAGACUGACAAAUUUUUCAUUUUACUGUGAAAUUAUGUUUGUUUAUUCAAGAGAGACAAUCAGUAUUGCAGUGGAACCUCGAUAUAAUGAACCUCUGUAUAAUGAAGUCUUCAGUAUAACAAACAAUUUUCUUUAGCCCAGUCGUACACUGUAAAAAGAUAUGAAUAAGAACCUUGAUAUAACAAACCUCGUCGAUACAGCAAACUCAUUUUGCUAGUUGCUUGGCCCAUUGUUAAAUCGAGGUUCCAUUGUACAGAUGUUUCUAGAACCUUCUGGAAAAGCCUAACUGGAAAAACAGGUUUUCAAGAGUGGUGUUUUGUUGUGACAUCUUACCAGUUUUCACCCUUUUGUCACUAACUGAUCUGUCACAGAGUUCUCUUGUAUCUUGGCUCAUAAAUAAAUUUAUUAAGUUGAAUGCCAACAAGGGUGUCCCUGUGAUGAGCUAGUAUCCCAUCCAGAGAGUUUAGCAGUACUCCUACAUUGUAAAUGCUUCAUGCUACUGAAAUUAGGUUAAGCUCUGGAUGUUUGGGCCUCAAGAUGUAGGUCUGCCUCUGCCUGCUUUUGCAUAGAGUUACACUGCUCUAUUGGAUGUUAAUUCUUUCCUUCAGUUGUACUGUAAUUUAGUGUGUACUGUAAGUGACCAGCGUGCAAAGGAAGUAGUGUCCGAUAGCCUGGGGCUAGUGGAUUUUGCUACCGGGCUAGUGAAUUCUGUUUUUAACUUGCCCAACGGGCAAGUGAUGUUUUGUGAGGAAUUCCAAUAACAGAAGAACUGUGAAAUCAAUUCUGCUAGUCAAAAAGUUUUUCGGGCUAGUUGAAAUGAUGUCUGGGCUAGUAAAUGCUAGCUUCAGCUUGCCCGAAUGGCAAGCUAUAAAAACGACUUUUUUGUACCCUGAGUGACAAAAUUCUAUCCUUUAAGUGAAAGUUCUUAUAUUUUUUAAAAGAAUUGUUUUGUUUGUUCAUGUGUACCAGCUGCCAUACAACUAUGAUUUUUUGUAAUGAAUUAGAAAAAGAGUUGUUUGUUUCUUUACACAAAUCCUGGUCCGAAUUAGUUAAUUAUUUAAUUUUGCGUGGAUUUGUGUAAAAGUUAUUUGGGUAGAAGCCAUAGAGUACAGUUAGGAUGUAAUGACAGGUUGUGCAGUUUCAGAUGAUAAGAUUCAAGUGAAACCAAGUAAACUGCAUACAGUGUGUAUGCAACAUUUCACUAGAUUGUUAAAAGUUCUCUUUCUUGCAAGAAGCCUUGGAUAGUUAUGUUAUUCUUAUGUGUUUGUCAUAUCUGUUGGGUGACAAGGAAAGUAAAAGGAAACAGAAAUC